GGAUGUAAGCGAUUGAGUUCGCAACGCGACCAUACGGCUGACUCAGCUGGCGACGAAGGAAAAUCGCACGAGAAUGGCAACAAGCUUCGCAGGCUGAAGUCCUCUAAGCAACUAAGCAAGGAAAUUAUGUGAAACAAUUUCGCUUCCCACGUUUGUAGCAUGCACAGUGAUUGUCGCUCACAAGUGGUUUCAAGUCAGCUCUGUGAACAGAUUGACGUUUUCUGGACAGGCUGUGGACAGUGAUGAGUGCCGCAACGUUUCUCCGUGAGGUCCGUGAGCUCAUCAGCUUGCCUGGCGAUGGUCCCAUGCCCUGCUGCGAUAGUUGCCAGACCAAAUUUAACCUAUUAAGACGCAAACGCACCUGCACAGAGUGCCGUCUGCCAUUCUGCUCUGGCUGCCUAGCCCGUGAAGCUGCACCCCUGCGCUGCAGAAGGUGCACAGUAGGGCGGGCGGUGCCCCUGCAGAGGCAAGCCCUGCAGGGACUGCGUGUGCGGGACCUGCGGUGGAUGCUUCAUGUCCGGGGCAUCACACCACAUGGUGUGAGGGAGAAGGCAGAGCUUGUUGACCUCAUACUGCAGCACACGCAGGGUGCCAUCAAUGGUGAUAGGCUCAGGACCCCUCCAAGUGAAGUACAGGACUUGGGUAAUGGAAUGCCUUCAUCGAGGUUGUCAAAUCUUAGCAGCAGCUGUCCUUCAUUGGAUAGAGCAGAAAAUGGGAAACCCGAUGAUAUCUACCUGGAAGAGCUGCCAGAUGAGACUGCAGUGGAGAAGCUCUCCGUCCUCCAGAUGAAACUCAUCCUGGUGCGCAACUUUGUCGACUUCCGUGGCUGCUGUGAGAAGAGGGACCUCCAGGACAAAGUGCGCUGGCUAUGGCAGCAACGGUGCAAGGCACGGAAAAUGCUCCAAGAACAGGACCUGGAAAUGGGCAAUGAACAGCUGUGUAAAAUCUGCAUGGAGGGUGACGUGGAUUGCGUCAUCCUGGAAUGUGGUCACAUGUGUACGUGCACAACGUGUGGGAAGCAACUCAGCGAGUGUCCCAUCUGCCGCCAGUACGUCGUGCGCGUCGUACAUGUCUUCCGCGUCUGAGCGCCUGUACAAAUGGACUUGGGAUGGCUGACACACGUGCGUGCCCCUUACGUUAGUUCCACUAUUAUAUGUAAUUGAAUUAAUCUCUUCCUGUAGUGCACUACGUUGCAGACCUUGAUCAGUGCUGUGAUCUGUAUCUGCAGUGCCACCUUCAGGCACAAAAUGGCGCUGGCUAGGCGUACAAUAGCUCAAGAUAGCGUCGUAACCACUUCUUGUAGGAACGUGCAAUUUUGUAAUUGCUCAAAUAUGCGACUUAAAUUGUACAUAAUAUAGGUUUGCAAUGCAAAAUUGUCUUAUGGAAAUAGUGGUGUAUAGUGUUGACAACAAGAAACAUCACUACGUUGACUCUGUGACGAGCUAGAACAAGACGUUGCCGCUGUCUGCAAAGGCAACCAAAUGUACGAGGGCAUAUUUCUUGCAUUCAGGACAGGCGUUGUUCCAACAGAGAAGAAAAGUAGCGCGUUAUUUUAUGUAAUGCUGAGUCUGAUACAAUAUUUGUACGACCCUUCAGGAUCGCACCCAGAGACAGUUUCGUUGCAAGCUGGUAAGUAGUAUGAAUUCAACAGAUUUUCUCUAAGGGAGUGUUGUUGCCCUCCCUCCCCCACAGACAACUUGUGACGACAGCUAAUCGUUCACAAGUGAGGCAUCUUUCUCAUGUAAUCUAAUAGCCGAGGCCAAUGAAAAAGAACACCCACCCAGUUGUAUAUUUCAUUAUGGAAUGGUUGUUGAUGAAAAAGUCAUUAAAUAUGGUUAUCUACAA